AUGAUUGACAUCACUAUGUUACAAUUUUUGCUUCUAUUGGCAGCUGUGCUUUGUUCAGUUGCAGUAUCUGAUCGAGGAAUUACAUUGGAGGAAAAAGUCCGCAAUUUACAAGAUUCUAUAAUGAAACGACCUGUUAUGAGUUUAAAUUUGGAAAUGUGGAAAACUUAUAUUCAAUCCUCGCCACGUAAUUAUUCAAUGAUUGUUAUGCUUACUGUUUUUUCUCCCAAUAUGAAUUGUCCUAUUUGCAAACCUGCUUAUGAAGAAUUCCUUAUUACAGCAAAUUCAUAUCGCUACACCUUUUUGAACAACAAAGCUUUAUAUUUUGGAGUUGUUGAUUAUGAAAAUGCACCACAAAUUUUUAAUUUGUUAAAUUUAAACACGGCACCAGCAGUCUUUCAUUUCCCUGCUAAAGGGGCAAGACGACCACAGGAUUCUAUGGAUUUUCAACGUAUGGGUAUUGAUGCUGAAGCAAUGGCCAAAUUUGUUCAAGAUCGAACUGAUAUUCACAUUCGAAUUCUUCGUCCUCCAAGCUAUGCCGCUCCCGUUGUUAUUCUUCUUUUGGUUAUGCUUGUACUCGGUCUUCUCUAUAUGCGUCGGAAUAAUUUGGAAUUUCUUUUUAAUCGAACUUUUUGGGCUUGUGUUUGCAAUUGUCUUUGCUUUCAUGUCCGGACAAAUGUGGAAUCAUAUAAGAGGCCCUCCUUUCAUGAUGACACAUCCUCAUGGACGCGAAACUUCUUUCAUCCACGGAAGCACUCAAUACCAACUUAUUGCUGA